GCCCCUGACGGGACCCACGUGUUGCUGAUCGCGGCUGUCAGCGGUAACUGCGCGCCGGGAGAUAAUUGCAGGUGGACCCCCUUCCCUUCCUUUCUGCCGUGUCUGACCUGCGAAGAGCCGACCAUGCCCGGACUCCUGCUGGGAGACGAGUUUCCCAAUUUUGAGGCCGAAACCACCAUCGGCAGGAUCAAGUUCCACGAUUUCCUGGGCAGCUCGUGGGGUAUCCUGUUUUCCCAUCCAAAAGACUUCACCCCAGUUUGCACCACGGAGCUGGCCUGUGCAGCCAGGAUCAGCGAUGAGUUCAAGAAACGAGGUGUGAAGAUGAUUGCGUUGUCCAUUGACAGUGUUGAGGAUCACCGCAACUGGAGCAAGGAUGUGAUGGCGUUCAACAGUGAGGCGGAGAGCGCGCUGCCCUUCCCCAUCAUUGCUGAUGAUAAGCGAGUGCUGGCUGUCCAGCUGGGCAUGCUGGACCCCGAUGAGAGAGACAAGGAAGGAAUGGCCCUCACUGCUCGCUGUGUGUUUGUGGUUGGCCCUGACAAGAAGCUGAAGCUGUCCAUCCUGUACCCCGCCACCACAGGGAGGAACUUUGAUGAGAUCCUUCGUGUGAUCGACUCUCUGCAGCUCACUGCACAGAAGAAGGUUGCCACGCCAGUGGACUGGAAGCCUGGUGACAAAGUCAUGGUCAUCCCUUCGCUGUCGGAGGCCGAGGCCGCUGCUCUUUUCCCCAACGGUGUGACCACCCAAGACGUGCCUUCUGGGAAGAAGUAUUUGCGGUACACCAAGCUCUGAAGAGACAUUAAAGACCUCAGCCCACACGAGUUUGCAGCCCUUUGAUUUGAUCGUAGAACUGGCCAAAAAAACAUAGAUGCACUGGUUCAAUUUCAUGACUUUUAGUCAGGCACUAUUUUCAGUGUCAUUGUACAGUGCCUUGUUUACCUUAUUUCAAUAAACGCACCUUUCACCUUUCUGAAACAA